AUGUAUCGGGAGUGCGUCUUCUUGCUGAUGAUCUUAACUAUAAAUUCGCGUUCCAAACCGCUCGAAUCAAGCGAGAUCUGUAACAAAAUUAUAAAAAACGAACGGUACGAAAUCAAAUCUUUUGGUUUAUCUUAUAAUUGCAGUUACGUAUUUAAGGGACCUUCUUGUCCCACUUUCUUUAACGUUAAGUUUAUUGAAUUUGAUUUGAGACCGUUUGCGGGAUGUAAAGGUAGCAGUUUGGAGGUGGUCGGUAACGAAGUUUUGUGUGGGAGAAUUCACGGAACUAGGACUUACUUUUCCAGUGAGGGGAUGUUGAGAAUGAAAAUCGUGUUGAAAGGCAACUUCUCCGACGAUUCGUAUAAAAUAUUGGUCACGAGGAUGCCUUGCUUUGUAAAACCGCGAGACGAUACAAACGUGUCGCGAAUUGCUUUCAAAAGUGAACGACACCCUUCCUGUUGCGCCGGAAGAUACGAUGCAAAACAGUUUUAUAUGACAAGUCCCAAUUUUCCGUAUAGUAAUAACGUUCAAGAUCGAUGCGUGUACGACAUUUAUAAAUUUUCACCACACGUGUGUCGCUUGCAAAUUCACUUUUUGUACUUUUCGCUCGAUGGACAGACGGGCAAUACGUGUCACAAGAGUUUUCUGCAAUUAGACGAUAAUUACUUUUGCGGUUGUCGCACUGGAUUGCACUUGGUAAUGCCGUUUAAUUCGAGCACGAAGACGAUUACGUUUAAAAACGGGCAAUGCCGCGGCGAAUUUACUGGAUUUGUAAUUGAGGUAACGCAAGAGGAAUGCCCAUCGUUCAGCGACGAGCCAGCACUGUAUAUCAGCGAGCCUAAUUUAAAAAUGGCACGUCUGACGCAAGAAGACAUCUACUCGGAUAAAUCCGAGCCGGAUGUAGUGAAACAUGUUUAUGUUUUUGAAGAUACCGGUGAUAACGAGAGAAGUGAUAAGGAGGACGUCGUUUUUGUCCCGAAUGAUGUAUAUCAGUGCAAACCGUUUGAUAUCACUCGACUGAAAGUGUUGACCAAGUCCAAGGAUAUUUUGUGGCAACAAAUAUCCCAAUGUAGCACCUUCAGCAGUAACUCUUUUCGCUCGCAAUGUGUCCAGGCGAAUUUAAUUAAAGGAUAUAUUCAAAGCCCGGAAUAUCCCUACUUUUAUCCCAAAGGACUGAAUACGUGCUACAGAUUCGAAUCACUACGCGGAUAUUGUGCCGUUAGGCUUUAUAUUCUCGACUUUGAUGUUGACAAUAGUUUCCACUGUGAAAAGGAUUAUUUUUUACUAAGCGGGCAGUACAAGUACUGUGGACGGACUUUACACAAAGCUUCAUUGACAUUCGAUCUACGUAACCGCGACGAAGAGAUUGCUUUUAUAACAAAUGGUUUUUCGUGUAGGCGAGGUUUCAGGGGUGUUUAUGAGCGGAUUCCUUGCAAUAAUGAUGGAAUCCCCGUUGAUCCUGUACAUCCAUCGAAACCUACCACUUUGACGCCUAUAACUUCGACUCCUACGAUAAUGCCGCAUAAACCAUGUGACCGAAAUAUAAGGGACAAUGUAUUUUUAUUGGAAGUUUACGGUUACCACCAAUCGAGAUGUAUUUUUAAUAUUAUUAGAAAUGACGAGAGAGUGUGUAGUUUACUGCUUAAAUUUGAGCAGUUCAGUCUCUCCUGUAAAUUUGAAUAUUUGCUGAUUGGCAAUACGCGGUACUGUGGAAAUCGAAAUGGAGAAAGCGUUACUAUCGAGUUUGCUGAUACCAAAUUACCCAUAACAUAUGUACGGUCAUCAACACUUCCAGUCAAAUCCAGUUUACGAUUCCGGAUUAGUGGCCGGCAGAUGAUCACGGACUGUGACCUUAUUGAUGUCCCAACAGUCGAACCGGAACGAUUAGUUGCGGGUAAAACGCCGAUACAAAAAGAUGCACCUAGCAAAGAUAUAUGCGGACUGCUCCUGAAUAGCAAGGAGGACCUCGCGUCCAAAAUUUGCAAAAUAAUCAAAACGCAAAUUCCUUCUUCCAAAUGCAUCCCAAUAACGGAAAAAAUGUCAUUUAUGAUGCAUCCAACCUCCAAGGACGCCUUGGGCGUCGUUUUUGGAAAUAGGAUAAUGAGAGAAAGUAUUACGGCGCACGAAGUUGCAUGUAAAGACAUAUACACUGUUAUUUUCACUUAAUUAGAAGUGCAAUUAUAUGAUAACAUUACAAUUUCCGGUUUGAAAUGUCGAAGGCUAUACAGAUAAACCACUAUCACUAGACAUAAUAUUUAUUAAAUGAUAAUUUGGUAAAUAAACUAGU